CAAGACCAAGCCUAGCUUAAGCCUUGGCACCAACACGAAAACAAACACCACCAGCACAGCAUUCAUCAGUCCGUCCCAGCCAUCCAUCAAGUCGCAUCUCCCCGCCCUAUCUGCGGUGUCGAGCACGCCAUCGUCAGCGCGUCUUGACCGAGCGGGUGCACAACCGCAGCGCCAGGCCGAAUCUCACGUCUGUCCCUGUCACAUACAUGCCCCUGCUGAUGUUGUGCUGCCUUGCUGCUGGCCCGCCCGCUCGAGCCCAGCCAUCGUCGGGUCGCGUAGAUCGGGGGUGAAUGAAAUUGACACCAGCGUCCAGCCGGCAAUAAGCAAUCAUGGACGCACAGCUGCAAAUCUUCAAGCACAUAGACUGUCCUGCGGGCAAGUCGUGCACUUCUGUCAGGUGUCUCUUCCGCCACGUCGAUAAGGGAGACACCAGAGGCAGCAGCGAGCCGGCCGAGCCGUCGUCUCACGAGGGUCCGGACAGGAAGCGCCUCAGGUCAGGCGCGGAUGAAUAUGACCCAACCGCGCCGCCAGUGCUGCUCCCAGAUCUUACAGCCGAAGAUGCUGAAUGGGCUGAAGACCCCACGCCCGGUCCUGACCCAUCAGUGAUCAGGCCGCAGCCUAACAAGCCUGUCCCGGCCACUACCAGCACUGCUUCAACUGCCGCCACCGCAUCGCAGCGGGCUGCUGUCUCGCCGCCUCCGCUCAAGAGGAAGCGCCCUGACACACCACCAGAGAAUGAUAGCGUCCUAACUAGAGGCAGAGACACACGCGCCAUCAAGGCGCCGCAGGGCCCGCCUAGUAGCGCCGACGACAAGGCGCCUCCUGCAGCAAAACAGGAAGCUCCGCCACCUCCCGCGGUGGCGAGGAAACCAGAGACCCUGAACCCGAGGCCGCUCAAGUCGAACCCUGCCCGGUUCGAAGUGCGGUUCAGGCUCGUGAAGAUGCUCCACGGCGAGUACGCGCGCCUCAACGGGGAGCUGAAGAAGCUGGCCAAGGACGACGACACCAAGAAGCUCCUCCUCUCGGACCAGGAGCUGGUCUGGAUGGCCCUCGACGAGGAGGAGGGCGCGGCGGCGCGCGAGAGCGUCUACUCGUCGGUGCUCAAGAGUAGGAUAAUGUCGUGCAAGAAGCUCUCGGUCGAGAAGUGGCGCGAGGAGCGCGUGCAGGCCAUCAAGGCGGCCGAGGCGGCGCUCUCUGGGGGCGGCGACAAGGGCCCGGCGGCGUCGCCCAGCCAGCCCGUCGUCAUCGAGACGGGCCUCACGGCGGUGCAAGAGGUGGUGCUGGCCUCGACCAAGCUGUUGACCCCGAUAGACGACCUGGCCAAGUUCGGCUACGUCCCCAAGGUGCCGGCGGAGGAGGAGGUAGCCAAGGCGAAAGAGGCCGAGGCCUUCACCAAGGGCUGGGAGGUGUGCGACCGCUGCACCAAGCGGUUCCAGGUCUUCCCCGGCCGCAGGGAGGAGGACGGCGCGCUGGCGUCGGGCGGCGCGUGCACGCACCACCCAGGCAAGGCCUACGUCCCCAACCGGCAGACGACGGACCGGUCGAUCCCGGAGAGGCAGUACCGGUGCUGCGGCGAGACGGUCGGGCAGUCGGCCGGCUGCACCACCAAGGACACGCACGUCUUCAAGACGACGGACCCCAAGCGGCUGGCCUGCCUCUGGAACUUUGCCGAGACGCCCGCCAACGCCAACGCGCCCCUGGACCGCGCCGUGUGCUUCGACUGCGAGAUGGGCUACACGGUCAAGGGCUUCGAGCUGAUCCGCCUGACGGCGACGGCGUGGCCCGGCGGCGAGGAGCUCGUCGACGUGCUGGUGCGCCCCUUUGGCGAGAUCCUGGACCUCAACUCGGCCUACUCGGGCGUCUACCCCGAGGACAUCGUCAACGCCCAGCCCUUUUCCCUGUCCGAUGAGGACAAGCCGCCGCCGCCGACAAAGGAGGGCGAGCGCAGACGGCUGCAGAUCGUGUCCUCGCCCGUCGUCGCCCGCGACCUCCUCUUCUCCCACAUCACGCGCGAGACGCCGCUCAUGGGCCACGGGCUCGAGAACGACCUCAACUGCCUGCGCGUCGUGCACCCGACGCUCGUGGACACGGUGCUGCUGUACCCGCACAAGCGCGGUCUGCCCGUCCGCAACGGCCUGCGCGCGCUCAUGCAGGCCGUGCUCAACCGCCGCAUCCAGGUCGAGCCCCCCGAGGGCGGCGGCGGCCUGCAGGGCCACGACAGCGCCGAGGACGCGAGGGCCGCCGGGGACCUGGUCCGGUGGAAGGUCAAGGGCGCGUGGGAGCGCAUGAAGAGGCAGGGCUGGACGGCCGUCGGCGAGCGGCUCGUGCCCCCUCCCUAGUCGUCAAGGGUUGGAUAUGACGGUUCUCAAGGCUUGAUUACUUCUGGAUGCCCAGGUGCGUAGUAUGUUGAAAUAUGGUUGGGUUUUAAGAUGCCGCAGUCUAUACACCCGGACCCCCCGUAUCAUGCGUUUGUCUAGCUCAUCCAUCGAGCGAGACCUCGUACGGCUCGUAGCCUCCCCACGUAAUGGUCAUUUCCCGGUUGAGUCUCUUGGACAGAGCGUUGGCCAAGGGGGAAAUAUUAACACAUUCAUAAGCGGGGAAGCUACAUUUCUUUCUGCCGUCCUAAUAUUACAACCGGAACUCCUGCUUGCUCGGAGACAUCCGCGCGGGAUAUCGCAGACCCCCAAAACAAGGGCGCAAGCACGCGC